CAGACCAGACCAGAGGGAGCGUUGGAUGGAUAUAUAUGUGUGUGUGUGUGUAGACCUUUGUUUAACUUUGUGAGCCCCCAAAUUAUCAAACUUGAUAUGAUAUGGAAACAUCAAAGCAAACAAUCCACAUUCCACUCUUUUUUCGCAUUCUUCUUCUGUUGUUGCUCUCUCACAUUGCAGCCUCCAGCACCAUCGUCACAUCUUUACCCGGUUUUAAUGGCACUCUUCCCUUCUCACUUGAGACCGGAUAUGUGGGUGUGGGUGACAUGGAUGAUGUGCAGCUGUUUUACUAUUUUGUGGAGUCUCAGAGGAACCCUGCUCAAGAUCCUCUAAUGCUUUGGCUUACCGGCGGCCCCGGCUGUUCUUGCCUCUCUGCUUUCUUCUACGAAAGUGGUUCGUUUCUUACCAUUUUUACUUACCUAACCAAUACGUAUAUUAUUAGAGAAAAUUUUAAUGUAACAGUGAUACAAUGUAAUUAUUAACACGUAAAAUCAUUG